UGCGGCCGCCCCGCCCCCGGACAUAACCAGCCGCCGCCACCUCCGCAGGCUGGCUCCGCGGAGCACCGAAGGCUCGGACCCGCGACCAGCGCCGGCGCCCCGCCUCUCGCCUGCUGCUCCCCGCAAUGGCGGCGCCUCGCGACCUAGCGGCCGCCGCGCCGGCGCCCGGAAAGGCCAAACUGACGCAUCCGGGGAAGGCCAUCCUGGCAGGCGGCUUGGCCGGAGGCAUCGAGAUUUGCAUCACCUUCCCCACCGAGUACGUGAAGACGCAGCUGCAGCUGGACGAACGCGCACACCCGCCGCGCUACCGGGGCAUCGGGGACUGUGUGCGGCAGACGGUGCGCAGCCAUGGCGUCCUGGGCCUGUACCGAGGCCUCAGCUCCCUGGUCUACGGCUCCAUCCCCAAGGCGGCCGUUAGGUUCGGGAUGUUUGAGUUCCUCAGCAACUACAUGCGGGACGCCCAGGGACGGCUGGACAGCACGAGGGGGCUGCUGUGUGGCCUGGGCGCGGGAGUGGCCGAGGCCGUGGUGGUCGUGUGUCCAAUGGAGACCGUGAAGGUGAAGUUCAUCCAUGACCAGACCUCCCCCAACCCCAAGUACAGAGGAUUCUUCCACGGGGUCCGGGAGAUUGUGCGGGAACAAGGUGAGCCACUGGGCCUUCCUCCUCGGGUAGGAUCAGGGACCUCAGCCCGAAUGAAGGGCCCUUCCUCUUUCUGCCCUGGCACUCCUGUGUGCCCAUGUAACCUCCAUUCCCGCCUGCCCCCAGGGCUGAAGGGGACAUACCAGGGUCUCACAGCCACCGUGCUAAAGCAGGGCUCCAACCAGGCCAUCCGCUUCUUCGUCAUGACCUUCCUGCGCAACUGGUAUCGAGGGGACAACCCCAACAAGCCCAUGAACCCACUGAUCACCGGGGUUUUUGGAGCUAUUGCGGGUGCAGCCAGUGUCUUCGGGAACACUCCUCUGGACGUGAUCAAAACCCGGAUGCAGGGCCUGGAGGCACACAAAUACCGGAACACGUGGGACUGCGGCAUGCAGAUUCUGAGGAAUGAGGGGCUCAAGGCCUUCUACAAGGGCACCAUUCCCCGAUUGGGCCGCGUCUGUGCGGACGUGGCGAUCGUGUUCAUCAUCUACGAUGAAGUGGUGAAGCUGCUCAACAAAGUGUGGCCGACAGACUGAGCCCCGAGGGCCCUCAUCGGGCUGCCCUCAGGCACCUCCAGACCAACCCCUCCACCCUCUCUCUUCUCAUGAUUCCAGUGCAGCCGUGCCAAAAGGCCCCCUCUCUCGUCCCUUGCAUUCCAUGGCCUGGUCCUGUUCCCCUCAGCCUUUGAGCCCACAUGUCCCAUAGUACUGUGUCCCUCGUGGUCCAAAUGACACCACCCUUGUGUUCACGUGUCAGCAGAGGCUGGGUGUCCUCUGGCCUGUAGAUCUGUGCCCCCUGCCCAUGUUCUUACUCGCGCGUCUUGUGCCUGUGUUUCAUGUUUUGUGUCCUGUGACCCCAUGUCCCACUUCCCAGGGUGCCCGUGUUGCCUAGGCCCACAGCCCUGUCACCAUGGCUUGGUCCCAGCCCGGUGCCUUCCACCCUGGGCAGCAGGUGCACCCACCCCUGCGUACCACAGCUGCCUCCGGGCCUCAGCCUGGCCUCACUGCAUUCCAGGGGCUGCAUGCCCCCCGCUUUUCCUGCCACUGGCCUUAACUGGCCCUUGGGCCCUCCCUCCGCCUGGGACAGGAUGGCACCUGCCGCUCUCAGGACCACCCUUCCAGGGCAGAAUAAACCGGAUACUGUCACAGCC